ACUAGCCGUUCUGGCUGAUUUGCCUUCCUGGCUUGCCUCCUUGGUACUAAAGCGAUGGCAUCUCAGGGGGCCACCUUGCAGAACUACAACAACGAGCUGGUGAAGUCCAUCGAAGACUUGCGCGAGAAGAGGGAGGAGUUGAACCGCCAGAUCCUGAAGGAAGAGGAGGACAAGGCCAAGAUCCAGAAGGAGCUCUCCAUCCUCACGGAUCGCUUGCAGAAGGUGAACGAGAGCCUGGUGCGUAAGACGCAAGCCCGCAACGAGUAUGACAAGACGAUCCAGGAGACUGAGGCGGCGUACAUGAAGAUCCUCGAAUCCUCCCAGACGCUGCUCCAUGUGCUUAAGCGCGAGACGGUGAACCUCACGAAGAAGAAGCAGGGGUCAGACUGAGAGGCAGCAUCAGGCAGCCUUUUGAGGUCGCGGACCUCUGAGUGGGUCAAUUCGACGACUUGUACCUUUCAUUCUAAGGGUACCUUCCCCAUUCGUUCCA